AUAUUCCAUAGACACACCAUGAAGCGCUUCCAUGGUUCAUGGCACUCCUCGGUGCUGCUGUUUCUGCUAGCCACCUUCGCUUUCAUCACGCCGGCCGUGAGUGUAAAGCACGAAAACUUCAAAACCUGUGAUCAGUCGGGCUUUUGUAAAAGAAAUCGUCUUUACGCCGAUACUGCUCUUUCCACCGCGAAUUGGGAAGCCCCAUAUUCGCUAGACCGAUCGUCCAUCAACUUCAACAAUGGUAUCUUGACGGGGACGGUGUACAAAAAGCUAGCCAACAGCGCCGAGUCUGUCCGCUUACCUGUCAAGAUCUCCUUCUACGAAUCUGGGGUAGCUCGUGUGACAAUCGACGAGGAGAGGCGACAAAAGGGUCAAAUCGAGCUUCGACAUGACAGCAAGAUUCGCAAGGAGAGAUACAACGAGGCCGAGCAAUGGUCCAUUGUGGGUGGAACGACUCUCAGUGCAGGUGCUGCAUUGUCAAAGGACGCGGAAAAGGGCACCACAAAGGUGGUCUAUGGCCCUGCCAGCACAUUCGAGGCCGUUAUCCACCAUUCACCAUUCAGCAUUGAGUGGCUGCGCGAUGGCGAGACACAAAUCUCCUUCAACGACCGAGGCUUGAUGAACCUGGAGCACUGGCGUAAGAAGGUGGAAAAGAAGGAGCCGGAACAGAAGGAGGGCGAAGGGGAGGCGGAGGGGACCGCUGAGCAGAAAGAGGACAAGAGCGGAGAGGAGGAGAGCACCUGGUGGGAGGAGUCGUUUGGUGGAAACACAGAUACGAAACCACGCGGUCCUGAAGCAGUGGCUCUGGACAUCUCCUUCCCAGGCUACGACCAUGUCUAUGGUCUGGCUGAGCAUGCUUCUCCUCUCAACCUCAAGGAAACUCGAGGCGGUGAUGGCAAGUACUCGGAACCAUACAGGCUGUAUAACAGCGAUGUCUUUGAGUAUGAGAUGGACAGUCCUAUGACUCUCUACGGCUCGAUCCCCCUCCUGCAAGCCCACAAAAAGCACUCGACUGUGGGUGUGUUUUGGCUGAACGCUGCUGAGACUUGGGUGGAUGUCACGAAACGAUCCAGCCUGGCCAAGCGAGUGGGCCUUGGAUCCAACAUUGUCACUGACAGCCACUUCAUCAGUGAAUCUGGCCUGCUCGACGUCUUUGUGUUCCUUGGUCCUACGCCACAGGAUGUCAUUGGUAAAUACGCCGAGCUGACCGGCACGACGCAGCUCCCACAGCACUUCUCCAUCGCCUACCACCAAUGUCGCUGGAAUUAUGUCACGGACGAGGAUGUCAAAGAUGUGGACAAGAAGUUUGAUAAGAACAACAUUCCUUAUGACGUGAUUUGGCUCGAUAUCGAGUACACCGAUGGCAAGAAGUACUUCACAUGGGAUGCUCUGACCUUCAAGGAUCCACUGGGAAUGCAGAAGCAGCUCGAUGAGCAUGAGCGCAAGUUGGUGGCCAUCAUUGAUCCUCACAUCAAGAACGAGGGCAACUAUCCCGUCGUCGAUGAGCUCAAGUCGAAAGAUCUCGCCGUGCACAACAAGGACGACAAGACAUAUGAAGGCUGGUGCUGGCCAGGUAGCAGUCAUUGGGUGGACACCUUCAGCCUUGCUGCUCGCAAGUGGUGGGCCAGCCUCUACCAGUACAGCAAAUUCCCCGGAUCAGCCAAGAACCUGUUCCUGUGGAACGAUAUGAAUGAACCAUCUGUGUUUAAUGGACCAGAGACGACCAUGCCCAAGGAUAACAUCCAUCACGGCGGCUGGGAGCACCGAGACGUACACAACCUCUACGGCAUGACCUUGAUCAAUGCUACGUAUGAGGGUCUCUUGGCUCGCGACAAGGAAGAAGCAAAGCACAACGUGAGGCCAUUUGUCCUGACACGAUCCUUCUUCUCAGGAAGUCAGCGUCUCGGCGCCAUGUGGACCGGUGACAACCAAGCCGAAUGGUCUCACCUCGCAGCUUCCAUCCCCAUGGUCCUCAGCAUGGGCAUUAGCGGGUUUCCCUUUGCGGGUGCAGACGUCGGCGGCUUCUUUGGAAACCCCGAAAAAGAUCUCCUCACUCGCUGGUACCAAGCAGGUAUCUGGUACCCCUUCUUCCGUGGCCACGCACACAUUGAUACACGCCGAAGAGAACCCUACCUCGUCGGUGAGCCGUACAAAGAGCUCAUCACCCAAGCUCUCCGUCUCCGCUACAGUCUCCUUCCUGCCUGGUACACCGCUUUCCACGAGGCCCACGUCUCCGGCGCGCCCAUUGUCCGACCCAACUACUACGUCUUCCCGGGUGACGAAAAGGGCUUCGCCAUCGACGACCAACUCUACCUCGGCUCCACCGGCCUUCUCGCCAAACCCGUCACCAAGGCCGACCAACCCGGUACACCCAUCUACCUCGCGGACAAAGAGAAGUACUACGACUACUUCGACUACUGGACCUACCAGGGCCCGGGAGAAGUCGUCGUCUCGUCUCCGCUGGAGACCAUUCCCCUCCUCAUGCAAGGCGGGAAGAUUUUCCCCCGAAGAGAUCGUCCCCGGAGAAGUUCCGGCCUCAUGAAAUUCGACCCGUUCACUCUGGUGGUCGUCAUUGGCGAGUCGGGUGAUGCGGAAGGGACACUCUAUCUCGACGACGGAGAGUCGUUUGAUUAUCAAGUGGGAGCAUACAUUCAUCGCAAGUUUGCAUUCAACGGCACCACCGACUGUCUGUCGAGUGAGGACCUCAACACGAGUGCGGGUGGCAGUACCAGCAACAGUAAGACCAUUCAGGCGUAUCUCCAAUCCAUGGAGAAAGUGAGAGUGGAGAAGAUUAUCUUUGUUGGUGCCCCCGAAACGUGGAAGGGAAAGGCCAGUGUGGAAGUUGUUGUUGAUGGCGAGAAGAAUCAGAAGAAGAAGAAGACUACAAUGGUAUCCGAGCUGGAAUUCCAUGAGAAAGAGGAUGGCAAGGCUGCGUGGGCUGUGGUGAGGGACCCGGGGGUGAAGAUUGGAAGCGGAUGGAAAAUUACAAUUGGUGGGCAAGAAGGGCAUGCGGAGGGACGGAAGACGGAGUUGUGAUGAUGGAGUGCUGUGAAUCAGGGAGUGAGUGAGUGAGUGAAAGAAAAAAGUCGUGAGUAAUGUAACCUACCUUUGAUACAUGGAACAAAAUAGACAGAUGCAGACCAGGAAAUCAAUCCGAAAUGGAAAUGUCAAGAAAAGGAAAAUGAACGGAAAAGAAAACAAA